AUGGGUUCUAUCCACAUACCAUCAGAGAUCAUUAACAAUGCCUUAGGCGGACUCGGUGUCAUAGGAGGGAUUCACUUCACAGUGGCGCAGCUUCGGGAGGCGAUAGACGAGCUCAAGAGUCUACUGCGAGAUCCCUCCCUGCCAUUUGGCGUGGAUCUCCUGAUUCCAAAGGUCGGCGGCUCAGCACGCAAGACAAAUGUCGACUAUACAAAAGGGAACCUCGAUGAACUCGUCCAAGUCAUCAUCGAGGGAGGGGCCAAAUUAUUUGUGUGCGCAGUCGGAAUUCCCCCAAAGAGGGUGGUCGACAAGCUGCACGCAGCAGGAGUUUUGUACAUGAACAUGGUCGGCCAUCCGAAGCACGUUCCGAGGGCAUGCAGCGUUGGUGCAGACAUGAUUUGCGCACAAGGAGCUGAAGCAGGCGGACACACGGGCGAGAUCCCGACAAGUGUUCUGAUUCCUGCGUGCUCCGAUAUCUGCACGAAACAAAGGUCUCAGUUCACGGGAAGACAAGUGCUCCUUGUCGCGGCAGGAGGCAUAGGCGACGGUCGAGGUCUCGCCUCGGCGCUCAUGCUGGGUGCGGAUGCUGUUUGGGUUGGCACUCGCUUCGUGACUGCCCGCGAAUCCGGCUCUCCCCAGAUUUCAAAACGAGCUAUCAUCGAAGCCGGCUUCGACUCAACAAUCCGGAGUACAUUCUGGACCGGUCGUCCGUUGCGUGCGCUCGCUAGCCCCUAUGUGCUUGACUGGGAGACGAGGCGCAAGGAAGAGAUGAAGGCAUUGGAGGGAAAAGGUAUUGUCGUCAUGCCCCAUGAAAUGGAAAAGCUGCACAACCGCGGUGAGCUGUCGGAAGAUAUUGAGGAUCAAGCCGCUCUAAGACCUAUGGGAUAUGUCAGUGGGCUUGUGAACAAGGCAGACCAGACAGCUGCUGAGAUUGUGACGGAGAUGAUGGAGGUCGCUAGCGGCUUGCUGCGAGGUACGAACAAAUACUUUGUCAGCGCAAAGCUCUAG